GUUAAGCGCAGCAUUCGACACACACACACACACAACACACACCACGUACAGCAAGUAUUCGCAGGAGAAAGUGACAUUUCGUUCGCAUAUUGAACCACCUUCUGGAGUUGUGAUACGACCACCGUGACCGAUCUAGGAAAGGGACAAAAUGUCUGCACCAGGUGAAAUCAACCCCGAAAAGCCACCGGAGUACAACCCUGCUGAAUAUGCUCCACCCCAGCAGGGCUACCCCCCUCAGCAGGGCUACCCCCCACAGCAGGGCUACCCCCCACAGCAAGGAUACCCCCCACAGCAGGGAUACCCAGCCCCUCAACAAGGAUACCCCGCCCAGCAGCCUGGUUAUCCGCCGCAGGCAGUGUACAACCAGCAGCAAGGCGCAGCUGUGAUCACGACUGUCCCCCAGAGUACGGUGAUCGUCCGAACUACUGGUGUCCAGCCCAAUGACUAUCUCACUCUGGCCAUCAUUGUGACCAUCUGUUGCUGCCUGCCACUGGGAAUUGUCGGCAUUGUCAAGGCCAUGGACGUGAGAAACCGCUGGGCGGCCGGGGACGUGGCGGGCGCUGAGCAGGCUUCACAGAGCGCUAAGAGAUGGUCGCUGGCCGGCCUGAUCACUGGCAUAUUAUUGGAGGUCUCCGGUGUCGUCAUCAUUAUCAUCUACUACGUGGUCAUCGUAGCCUCCUUUAGCUCCUAUACCUAUUACGGCUAACCCAGCGUGCCAAAAACACUGAUCUCUAUAACUAUACUGACUGGAUGGCGUGUAGACAAAAUAGGUUGAAGUCGUUUGGACGCCAUCUUGAGAGGCCUAAUUUUGUGCGUUACUCUGUAGACAUGUGGAACCUUUAAUAGUGACUAUGGAAAGCCGUGAUGACAAUUAAUAAUGCUGAGCAUUAUUCGAAUUUGUGUGGGCGUUAUAUCAAAUUGAUGUGUACAUUAAAUCGAUCAAAUGUUCCCAUUUAUCUGCUUCGACCAGUAACUGAGUACAUUGAAAUCAUUCAAAUUAAUGUGGACAUUAGUUUGCGUUAUGCCCUUCAUAAAUAAAGUCUCCUCUGUCCAGCACGGCUUCUUAUAACGGACAGCCAUUGGCGGCUCCACAAGACAAGUGACUCACGCGUAAAAUGUUCCUUUCAUCACCCACAGUGAUGAGUGAGACAGCUAUCUAGUCAGUAUAAUUAUAAAGAUCAGUGGCGCCAAUAAUGGGUGCAAACCAGUAAAUAUAUCAGAAACCAGUUGAAAACCACUUCUAAAGAUCGGGAAAAAUACUCGAAACUCUGCAAGGUUUUCGAGACACACAUCAAAUUUAAAGCUUGAUUUACCCUGUUUCACCUUCUGUUAAGCAUUUUCUGGGGUUCAUGGAUGAUUUUCGGCUAACAAAUUUAUCCUGAAGCCCAUCGCCAUUUCGAAUAACGAUCCCUUCAAUGCAUUGCAACGCAGAGCAAGUGCAACGUUUUGGUCUAAUUUCAUCCCAAAUUUGGAAAUAUAGUAAAAGUUCAAAGACUGAAUCAGAGCUGGGAUCCGUCCUGGAUACAAACCCUCCAGUGCAAGGGCCACAAAAUGUUGUAUUUGUAAGAGCAAAUUGCCAAUUAAUCAACAAAUCAUGAAUGUUGGUCGUCGUAGGCAAAUUGGAGCAUAUUUACUGGUCUGCAACCCAAUCACUAUAAGAGCAGCUAUCCGAUGUUUUGAUAGCUGUACACUUUUUUCUCAGCUGGUUUUGAUAAGCAUAGUAAUGCUCUCACGAAAAACAUAUUUCCACAAUUUUUGCUGAACAGCGAAAAUAAUUACUAAGUAGGUUAUCAAAAUACAAUUGUGAGUUUUAUUCAUUGCGCAUACAUGGUUCCCAGUUAUUUUUGCUGUUGAUAAUGUUUUGCUGAGAACAUAACUUUGCCGUGCAUUUUACUUUACUUAUGGCAGAUAAUAAUUAUGUCGUCUUUUCUACUAUUAUAUAGUACAUUUUUACGAUUACCUUUUUUUUUAUCGUAAACAGGGAAUAACACAUACUUAAUGGCAGCAUCACGUGCGUCCAACAUCAUGAAAAGUGAACUCGCUACCCGACUAAAAGGACAGAUUAUAAUCAUUUGCUGUCGAAAGAAAUUUAAGCACGACAAUGUGUAAACUUUAUUACAAAAAUUGUAUAUAUAGUCUCCGUGCAGUCGCAAGUAUACAAGCCGCUUUUAACGUUUGCAGUGUUUUUGGCGCUUGACGUUUUUAAUGAUUACUUCUUUUUCCUGCCAAGUGGCUCCGGCAAACUCCUACUCGAUUGCUCAAGCUAUUAGGACGUCCUGGUUUCGAGUCUAACCCAAACAUGACGUAAUGAAGGUUGUUUCGACUCACAAGUUACCAGUGGUAUAGCGAGACAGUUUUUUGACGCGGGGAGUUGUAGCCGGAGCGGAGACGAAGCCGGGGUCUGAGAAACGGUGCGAGCGGGUCGUGUGCAAAGGGCGCGUUUAUUAGCGCGUUGGGCGGCUACUCCUCCCCCGUUACUGUAAAUGAGGUACAAAACUACAAACCUCAUUUUGUUGGCACAUUAAUAGUUGUUUCUGGCAAGGGUUAAGAAAAUACCUCACGUUACACAGUUUAAUUUCAAGUCUGUGGUCAUUGUAACGUGCAAAUAUAGAUCGUUUCACUGGCAAGGGUUUGUAUGAAACCAAAAAAGAACACUAGACUGCUGCGUAUCGUCUGGAGUUAUUGUACAAAUUGCCAAUGUAGCAUGACCAAACGUCUUCAGUUGAGCAAAAUCUUUCUCAAAGGCAAUUGAAAAUAAUUUUAAAUGUUAGCCUAAUUUGCGCCGAAAAAAAGCCACAAUCUUUAAUUCAAGAGAGGCUGUUUUUGCAGUUAGUUAAAAUACGAAGAGUUGUUUUUCCUUAUAACAAAGAGGUGUAACUUACAAUAAUGACGUUGGACACUUGCCUUUUUUAAUAGAAACAGGUUACUUGUUUUAAAGUAACAGGCUGAAGUAGAUUGUAAGUAUUGACCUUUU